AUGAUAUCAGUGGGGAGCAAAUUCUUUGAUGUUUCUAAUACCAAUGAUAAGGAGGAAUUAGAUGGUCAACUGGUCAACAAUCUGGUCAUUCUGAUGGUGUUAUGGAAGGAGUCAAUCUCUUCGGUGACCGGCAAGACACAAGAUACACAAAGGCUGAGUGAUAGAGAAUUAGGGAGACACAAGUUAUCUGUAGCUGCUACAAGGUCCAGGUCUAGGGUUGGUGCUAACCAGAUAUUACAAUUCUGGAACAAAAAUAAAUCCAUUUCAGCAAAAUCAGUUUCUUUUGUCAUGGACAGUUCUUGCAAGUUGUGGAAAAUAGGGAACGAAAACAAUGCAUGCACAUUGAGCAUACCUAAGUUAAAAUUCACGUAUGCUGGAAACAAGACAAAAGAAUAUGAUGAUCUUGCAACGAAGUACUUUUUAUACAUGUUUGAUGGUGAAAUUGUUGUGGGAAAUGGAAAUGGGCCCAUGUUGUAAAUUCUGGAAACAAGUUGGAUCAUCAUGUCACCAUGUCCAUGUGCACCUAAGUAAUCACAGAUGGUUUAGCCUUAAAGCAAUCUUCUGAGUUCUAGCUGUAUUUGAUUCAAAUAAAGUUAAGUUAGUAGUUAGUAGUCUGCUUUCCAUUCCAGGAAGAGAAAGUAAUGCAAUCCCUGAAUGGAUUCUGUUCUGUCAAUCGAAGUCUGCAUGGUUUGGAUAUGUAUGAGAACCCAAUGGUGGAGGAUAGUAUGCUUUCAGAAAGCCAGAUGGAUCAUAAAUCCAUUGAGAAGCAAUUACCAAUGGAGAAUGUAAAAUCAAGCAAUUCUACUGAGAUGAGACAAUGAAUGGUGG